GGGAGGGCAGGGGGAAGGGUGCAGUUCACGACGACGGGCGUUUUUGUCGUGCUGUCCGCGAGAGAGGCGGUGGAGAAACUGGGAUUUGGAUUUUGCUGCCUUUUUGGAUUUGUCGUGUAACAGUGGGGAGCGACGCAGUAGGGUAGGAGUACCUUGUGCGCAAUUUGAUCCAUCGUCGUCGUCGUCGUCGGCAGACGGGGUUCGGUUGCGGGGAGGAGGAGGAGGAGGGCCCGCUAAGGGCUAGAGAUCGUUUGUCGCUGCGGUGGACGAGCUUCCUUAUGCGGAGGUGGGGGGACGCGCGAGGGCGGACGUCGCAGAGAGAGAGAGAGAGAAUAGAGAAUUGUUUUGGUGGAGAGCCCAGCGAGACGCAGCGAGUGGGAGAGGAGGGAAGGCGCAGGAGCGAGGAGCGGCGAUGAAGGGAAUGAUGGAGGAGGAAGAGGAGGCAGGACGAUGAGGGAUGGAUUGUGGAUGCUGUGACAAGGGGGAGGCAGAGGACGAGCGAGGAGACAGCGAGACGGUCCGACGGGUGCAUGGGCAUCGGGUGAGAGGAAAAUUGUGCAGGCGGAGUGGUCGGGCGUCCGCGGCGAGGUGGAAUUUUGGUGGAUCUUGAAGGGUGUGGCAGUUUUGGCGAGGCUAAGGGGAGAGUGAAGGAUAUGCAACAGCGGCAGCUUCUGACGUUGGUGUACCUCUUUCAUUACCACCAGGUCUGACCUUCGGCGUUGUCAUGGACGCUGCGGCUUCUCCUGCAUCUUCUACUAAUCGCGCAGCUGAGGCCGGUUCCGCCGGGAGCAGUGCCGAUUCUGCCGCCUCUACUGAAUUGGUCGUCAAGCGGCUCAUCAAGCGAGGAAUUCCUGCGAGAUAUGCGGAGAGAGGUCCUGAGGGAUUGAUAGAGUAUGUGAAGGAGGAUCAGUCGCGAGUUCCUGACGUGGUGGGGGCUCUCUUUCCAGAUCAUGAAGAGAUUAAGGAUCCAAAUCAGCCCGGGGAUGAGACACAAGCAACUGCUUGCAGAACUGCAUAUCUAGACAUGUGUCAAGACGCAGUGUCCUGGGUGCAAUGGUUGAUGUUUGGACGAGACCCAAAGGACGCUCUUUCCGACACUGCGGUCGUAUGCAGCGGCGCUAGAGGCAUUUGUGGAGCUGUGUGGGGCAGCAAUGAUAUAGCUUAUCGUUGCAAGACUUGUGAGCAUGAUCCCACUUGUGCAAUUUGCGUUCCCUGCUUCAAAGCUGGGGACCACAGUAACCAUGAUUAUUCUAUGAUCCGCACAACUGGAGGGUGUUGUGACUGUGGAGACGUUACUGCCUGGAAACAAAAUGGAUUUUGUGUUAAACACAAAGGUCCCGGACAUGUACCUUCUCUGCCACAGGAUUUUGUAGUGUCAGCUGCACCAGUGCUAGAAGCUGUCCUGAUCAUCUGGGUUUCUAAACUAGAGAAAGCACAUCAUGCCUCCGAAGGAAAACCCAAAAAGUGGAUGUCCAUGCCUAAGGCGGAAAAAGUAGCUUCACAAACAUCUCUUGCUAUCAUUAAAAUGCUUUUGGAGCUAUGCCGUGCUGGUGAGAGCAUGCUGAGCUUCACUGCGAAGUACACCGGGAUGAAAAGCAUCGGCGUAUUGGAUGCCUUAUUAAAGACCGAGUCGUUUAUGUCGAAACAUGUGAUAGAGAGCUUACAUGAGCUGCUCUACAAGCUGCUUGGCGACAGCAGUUUCAAACACGCAUUUGCCUUAACAUUCAUUUCUCACUACCCUAGGUUCAUGCGGGACUUAGUGGCUGAAGAGCUGGCCAAUCCUUCCAGUCCUAACGCAAUGAUCUCUAGGACCAGGGAUCAUGCAGUUUUGAGCAACUUCUCUGUGCAGAUCUUCACAGUACCGACCCUCACGCCCAAGUUGGUCCUUGAGUAUAAGCUCCUCGAUAUGCUGAUGGCGUCUAUAAAAGAUUUUCUGGUUGCUUGUGUUGGGGAAGAUGGUCGUCUUCUGGUAAGCAAGAGCCCUAUUAGUGGUAGGCUUUAUAGUCGCGUCACAGAAGAUAUUCGCUAUGUGAUGACUCAUUUUGAGGUCGCUCAGUAUGUAACACAGCAUAGAAAGGAUCUAUGUAAGGUCUGGCUGGAAAUACUGGCUUUUGUGCAAGGCAUGCACCCUCAGCGUCGAGUGACUAGUAUACACGUGGAAGAAGAGAAUGAAGAUGGGGAUGCGGCCUAUCAAUUGGAGGUGCAGAUGGCCACCAUCCAUCCCUUAUUUGUUCUUGGAGCAGCCUCCCCGUCUGUCUCAUUUCCUGCAGAAGGGAGUUCUCUUUCCGGUGUUACCAGUGUUGAGGACUGUGCUGACGACGAUGACGACAAUAUGUUCGUUAGGCACGCAAAGGUGGGUCGAAUAAGUCCGAAAGAAAGGAAUGAUAUGGACAUGGGAAGUUCCAGUGGAGCUGAUGUUGAAAUGGCUGAUGUCGCCAACGCUAGCUGUGCUGGAGCCGACGAAUCUCAAUGUACAGAGAGUAUAUUCGGUGUUAGAAGUAGAGAUGGGAGAGGAGCCCAGCAAAGCGUAACAGCUGUUCCUGCGCAUCAGUUAAUAUGGCUGAUCUCUGAGUGUGUAAGCAUUAUCGACAAGUGGCUAGCUGUAGAUAAUUCCAGGGAACUUGCGAAAGGUCCUGGGAAAUCGGUAGCAGAGAGUGGACCUGCUUCAGUGCAACACAGAGGAUCACUCUGGAGAGGUAGAGCAAGAGGUCUUACAAGAGGAACAGCACGGGCAGCCGCUGUAGCAGAGCCUGCCGCCCCUGCAGCCACACCUCCCGCUGUGGUCGAAGGUGAGGGUGGUCCAGGAAGAGGUUUGAGGGAGUGGCUGCGAAGAUCUAGACGACCUUAUGCGGCGAUAGCCAUACUAGAUGAGGAUCGAGGCAACUCAAGGGCGUCUGGAGUGUCUGCCAGCGGCACAGACUCUGCUGACAUGGAUGUCGAUACUGCCGGAGUCUCAGAAACAGUGAGAUCACGUGACACUUCUGGGACAGAAUGGUGGAUGUGUACAGACGAUUCAAGUUCUCUUUCCAGAGUAGGCCAGUCUAACGCAGAUGGUUGGCCGAAAGUGGACUUCGAUGUUAGCCGCCAGGAUGUGUCCUUUCACAUACCUCUUCAUCGGAUGCUAGCGCUCUUAUUGCAUAAGGCCCUAGAGAUGCACUCAGUUGGUAUGGAGCCAGGAUCUUCUAGUGAGAAUCCGAAGUCCACGAAUCCGAGUCCUCUAGAAAAUCUUUCAACCUUGUCUCAGCUUUUACCUUCAAAGUAUCAGGUACCUGGUUUUGCUGCAAGUUUAAUGGAGCAUCCACUGCGGCUUCAAGUGUUGUGUGCCCAAGUACAGGCCGGCAUGUGGCGUAGAAAUGGUCAUCCCACCAAUUCCAUCUGCGAUGUUUAUCGCACAGUUCCCUGGUGCGAAGACAGUUUGGAGCUUGACUUGCUGAUGCUCCAGUGUUGUGCUGUGCUGGCACCUCCUGAAAAAUUUGCUGAGCGAAUACUAUCACGAUUUGGUCUAUCUGAGUAUUUCAAUCUCUUUCUCUGGCGCCCAAAUGAGUAUGAAGCGAGCCUCGCCCAAGAGUUUUUAGUCUUGCUCAUCCGAAUAUGCACAGAAAGAGGCUUCUGCGGAUUAACUCAAAGAGAAUCUUUGAGGAGGGAGCUUAUACAGAGGUUGGCCGUUGCAGAUGCCACCCAUAGCUCACUACUCAAAGCACUUCCUCGGCGCCUACAAGAUAGUCCUUAUUUACAUGAGUGCCUGACUGCUGUAGCGAACUAUCGGAGACCUUCCGGCAUGCAACAGGGAAAAUAUGUGCUGAAGGAAGAGUGCUGGAGUGAGUUGGAUCUCUAUCAUCCACGAUGGAGCCCACGAGAGCUACAGUGUGCAGAGGAGCGAUAUCUCAGGGCUUGCAAGGCUUCUCCUGUCUUUUUGCAGUUACCACGAUGGAAGAAGCCAUAUUCUCCGCUUCAAAAUCUUGGCCGCUUUGUGGUCUCAGGAACAGUGCAUGAGAUAUUGCUCUCUGUAUUCUUUCAUGCCGCAUUCUCUAUCAAUCCUGGGGAUUCUCGAGCCACGGAGGGCUUACUUUUCACUGGAUUGCAUUUACUUGCAUUGGCUCUUGAUGUGUGCUCGUCGGCUAAUUAUAACUGUGAACAUGACAAGAAUGCAAAUGAUGCUGCGUCUAGUCCGGAAGGUAUUGAAAGCAGGCUACCGUAUUCGGGAAAUAUGAAUUCUUCAACGUUUAAGGUGUCUAGCCCCAAACAUGCUUCCGUUGAAGAAGAGAAUGAAUUGCCUCCACUUUUAGCACGUUCCAUUCACAGGGAAUUUGUCGGUGGUGCUGUUGGUUCUGAUGCUGGGAUGACGGAGCCACAGAGCUUAUUGUCAUUGUUAGUCAUGCUUCUGAGAAAGUACAGCUCAGGUGAAGGUGUAAUGGGCACAGUUGUGGAAACUAGCCAAUAUAGUGCAGGAGACUUGAUCAAAUCCUUACUACUCAAAUUUGCCGACCUGCAUCGAGGAUGUAUGUACGAGAUAGAAUCCUUGGUACCUGAAAUUCUUCACAGGCCAUCAGCUGCAUUAAAUAUCGCUUCAAAUUCGAAUUCUGCGGGUGAUAAAGAAUCUGAAGACAAGCAAGCUGUAACAGAUGUUGAAAAGCGUAAAGCCUUGGCCCGAGAGCGUCAAAAGGCGAUCAUGGCGAAGAUGAAAGCAGCCCAGGACAGAUUUGUGGCUAGUUUGAAAGACGAAAAUAUUGACCGAGAGAAAGCGGAGGCUGUUUCAAAACAAACAAGGGAGUCUGUGGAAGUAGGUGAAGGCUCAAGCGAGGAUUCUAAUUCCACGCCUUGUGCUCUUUGUCGAGACACAGGUUCCUCCAGUCAGCUAUGUUUCUUGACUUUAGUGCAGAAAUCCAGAUUACUUGCUCUUGCUCAAAAGCCAACCCCUUCGUGGGAAAGGGCGUCAGCCACAGUUGGAGUAUCCUCGAGUGACAGAGGAAUUGAUGGUGGCAGGAACGCAUCCGAAAGUGGAAACGUGGAAAUGUACACAACAGCACACCUGUGGAAUUGGAUACAGGAAGCACUUGGUGAUGCUGCUACCCGAGAAAGGUUGCUUGAAGGAGAAGCUCUACUUGAAGUGUUUAGGAAUGGGCUGCAUCCUAGAAAUCCUGUUCGAUUAAAUGCUGUAGGCACACCUCCUGCGAGAGCCGUGGAACCUGCGGACACGGAAGUAGAUGAGCCCGAGAUCAAUGGAGAUAACAGCGAAAUCGAGACCUGUCCAGAGACACUGCCUCUACAUCCUACCAACUGGUGGGAGGAGGAAUCAGUGCCUCAAUUUUCUGACGAAUGGACUAGUAGUAGAGAGCUGAACCUUGUUACAGUUUUGGCUGAGUAUGUCGCAGCUGUCUCUAGAGAUCGGAGGAGGCAAGGGGAGAGAGAGGUGCCAAGAACAGUUGAAGUGGAAGUUGCAAGAGAAGGAGGACCGAUACGUCAAAGGCGGAUAACACCAACGCGCAGUAAUUCAGAUGCUUUUGUGAUUACUGGUCUUGGGAUGCAUGACACAUCAGGAGUGUACUUAUCUGCAUGUGGACAUGCAGUGCAUCAGGAGUGUCUCGAUCGAUACGUCUCAUCUCUUUUGCAAAGGUAUUAUAGCAGAGCUCUUUUCGAGGGAGUACAGAUUGUCGAUCCUGAUAUGGGAGAGUUCCUUUGUCCCGUGUGCCGACGUCUCGCCAAUUCCAUUCUUCCUGCCUUUUCUGGAAAUGCCAUCCCUGACAAUCAGAGCAGGGCUCUCAACACAAGAGAAGCCUUGCAGUUACGUCCUUGUGCGGUAGAAUCUAAAGUCUGCAAAGUGGAAACUAGUUCGUCAACAAAUCUGCAGUUGGAUCAAGCAUUCCGCUUGUUGCUGAAUGCCGAGUCUUUGGUCAAUAAAACUGGAUUUCGAAAAGCAGUAAGUACCCAACUGUCAGAUUCAAUCAAAGGGGCACUGGAAACUCUUGCAAUCAGGCUUUAUGGGCUCUUUCAUCCGGACAAAGAUCAUCUUAGUGUACAAGCACACGGACGAGUGCCUCAGAGUUUACAUCUCUGGGAUGUUUUCCGCUACUCGUUAAUGUCUUCCGAGUUAGCAGCUCGAACACGACAGAGGACCAUGCAGGGAUCGUUAAGUGGUUUGGUGAUGCUUGAAGAAGGUGGAGAUGGCGCGAAAGGAUCUAUCUUACCUCUCCUGUUACAGGCUGCCAAAGCAACUCAAGGACAAAGCAGGCAGAUUGUGCUACUCCGAUCACGCGGACUGCAGCUUUUAGUUGAUUCCAUCAUUCAUGGUGUAACCAGAGAUCCGUUCCCCGAACAAACUUUGGCAGGAAACUACACCUCGCUACAACAAUAUCUUGAGAAAAGUCAGGAUUCAUCAGAUGUGCAGUUUUGGAAGCGCUUGGCUGAUCCCGUUCUUAUUCAUGACUCGUUUUCCUCAUUGAUCUGGUUGUUAUUUUGCUUACCGGCGCCACUGCCACCAGAGGGAGGUCCUUUCACGGUGCUCGUGCAUUUAUUCUAUAUGGUUUGUCUCACACAGGUCAUUGCGUAUCAUGGAAUAGCACUCGCGUCAGAAGCCGAAGUAGGGUCAUCCGUACCGAGCUUUGUAACAGCUGUUCAAGCUGCCUUAAGCGGAGCUGCGCUUAGUCCCGUGGAUGAUGACAAAUCUGCUGUUCCCCCCUGUCCAUCGCUGGACGUCAUCCGUCAACUGACAUUACCAUACCUUCGACAAUGUUCCUUACUGAAGAAGCUACUAUCAGGAACAGGUCAAGUGGUGCCUGUAGCUAGGGCCCAUCUUUGGGAGCUCUCACAGAAUAGUUCCUCAGCUUUUUCACGAUCAACCAGCACACCAUCGGGUGAUGGCAGGCACGAGGAGGAGGAAGUUGCGAAUGAGUUGGAAGAACUUGAUCAGCUUGAGACUCUCUUCGCGAUUCCUCCCUUGACUUCUUUGUUGACGGAUGAGCGUCUUCUAAGUGUUGCCCUGACCUGGUGUCAGCAUGCGCGUACUGCUAUAGGCAAAGAAUUUCAUAUCAAGUCAUAUAUACCCCGCCCAGUGAGGGCUGUUCCUUUUAAGUUGAUGGAACUCCCACAUUUGUUUCAAGACCUUUUGCAGCGCUAUGUGAAAGAACGAUGCCUUCGAUGUGGGAAAGUUCCGGAUAAGCCUGCACUUUGUUUAUUAUGUGGGACGCUCGUUUGUGCCAUCACCAGCCGACCAUGUGCCUGCAGCAGUUUGAAUAAGCAAGGUGAAUGCUACCGGCAUGCGAUGGCGUGUGGUGCCGGUGUUGGAGUCUUUCUGAUGCUCCGGAGGACCAACAUUCUGCUUCAGCGAUGUGAACGACAGGCGAAUUGGCCAUCACCUUACUUGGAUGCAUUUGGAGAGGAGGAUAUGGAUCAAAGAGGAAAGCCUUUAUUUUUGAGUGAAGACAGAUACGCCGCUCUUACUGCGAUGAUCGCGUCACAUGGGCUGGAUUACAGUUCUUUGGUGCUUGCUCAAACAACACGUCAGACCCUCUUUUGAUAUUCGAAGAUCACUUCUGAAGUAUGAACUGGUCCUAGACUAUGAUCUCAGCAGCUGGUGUUGAGGCAUGGUUGUCCGGCCUGACGAAGUAGAGACAGAGUAUGGAUACGAUCGUGGUUGCAGGUCGAAUCACGUGAAAUGGAUUUUUUUCUCUCGUGUUAGAUAACACAUGUGACCAAGUUUGAGGAUGGACACGAUAUCUACGUGAAGCCCAUCAGUGCUAUUUGUUACUCAGGUUUAUAAGUUAUCACAUCGUUUGAUGGUUGACCUUCAGUUGGAUCUGAGACCAAAGUGGUUGCCAGCGUCAACAGGACUCGCUGGAACCCUACAUGUCUACCCUGCAAAAUAACAUUAAUGAUAGCAAGCAAUUUUCAGUGUACAGUAAUGACUCAACUAGAGUAGGAGGUGAUGUUUGCAGUGGCAUUUCAUUAGUCCAAUUUAUGCAGGUUUAUCUUACAAAUGUAUAUACUUGCAUUGGUGUGAAUAUAUAUUGGAAACAACUCCUGGAAGUUCAAUUAGUUAGAUUCAACUGAGAAAUGGUGAUUAAACAGUUGUCCAUUUGUCCUUGUAGAAAUUUCAAUACUGGUUGCGUUUUCGCACUUCCGCAACCCAUUGAUAUAUGAUGUAGUAAGGUUGUGUUUUGAUGGAUACUGGAUGUCGUUUUUUCCCAGCGGCCACUUGCUCCUCGGUUCUGGGAUAUACGCGUUGAGAUUUUCUAGUCUUGUUCUAUGGUUUAUUUAUGGAAUUCACUUCGGAUAGGCCCGGCUUGUGGCCGAGAUUUGAUGUCGAUGUUAAGUACUCGGCUUCUACGUCCAGUGUUUGCAUUGGGGCGGGAAUGGGUUGCUCUUGUUCUCAAUGUGUGGAUAAACAGAAGGCACUCUUACGGCGCUUAGAGCUGACUCUGGCUUCUGAGCAGGAGAGCUUGUGUGUGUGCAGGUGGAGGGGUGUCCGAAGUAAAGAUAAGUACUUGGCCCCGUAAAUCACAAUAAACAGGUUUCACCCUCGUAAAUGCUUCCUUACGAUGUAUUCCAAUUCAGACCUGGAUUCAAUGGCGAAGCAAUAAGCCAGUUUAUAUGCUUUCCCAGAUUUCCUUAAUGACUACGUAAGUAAUCUUGAAGGUAUGGUGUGCUGUCAUCUAACCAUCUUGCCAUGUCCAAAUGAGGAGCAUCAUAUUAUAUGGGGAUAAUAUUAGCGAUUUACUUAUGCCCAAAAGGACUUGACAGUAACAUUAUGUGUUGAUAAAUCAUAUCUUACAUGGCUAUACUCAAACGAACGCAAUUCAGAGGUGCUAAUCUUUUUUGAGAGCUAGUGGAUUGAAUAAAUCCACGAAGGAGUUCACAGUACUCUCAAAUGUACUGUUAGCUUGUGAUACAGUUGGUAGCCCAGGGGAAGUCCAAAGUAUUUGUAGCCCGAAUGGUAAAAUGGGCUAAAUAUUAAAUGAAGAAAUGGUUGGUCAGAAGCAUAUAGAAGAUGCUUAUACACAGAAAAUCUCACCUCGGAUAGAGAGCUUUGCUCUCAAAACCAAGAUAAAACCAGCCGAAAAGGCGAGUUAGUAUACUAUGACACAAAAAGUCAAUAUGAUUUCAGACUGAACUGUAGUUUAGAUCCAGAUUUGACGUUUAUUAUUAUGGAACACUCUUCUUAUCAAGAAUUAAAUUUAGAUAUUACUUUGGUUCAAUAUGUCCACAAUCGAUAAACAUGUUUGACUUUUGUUUCGGUAGGGUGUAUUAUUCAUCAGUUUUCUAAAUCGUCCUAGCCAUUCAAAACAUCAGUAUCUUGGAAUAAUACCGUCUGUCAAGUUGAUCUGGUGUAUUCACGACAACACCGUAAAACGGCGACUCGCUUAGUUGCACAAACUGCCGUACUGUCAGUUGUUAGGGAUCCAAUUUCUUUCUAUCUUUCUUGCUUCAUGGUCCAUUCGGGCAGACCCGAGUCAGCCGGAUUUUAUCUUAGUUUAGGGGAUUUGAGGGUCGGCGGAUUUCGACCGGACUCAACUUUCGACAACCAUGUAGACGCUGUCAACUGGAUUAAAUUCCGACAACCAUGUAGAGGCCGCAAAGCCCCAUCUAAAGUAAUGUAGUGGAAUCUAAACUAAAGGUUACUAAAACUAAACCGCAAGAGGGAUAGCUCAGUUGGAAUUCCCAAUAAACUCAACUGUAAUAUUUGUAAUCCAAACAAUGAUAAUAUAUUAUGGCGACAAAAUUUUAGACGGCAAAGUUUAGGGUUUUUGAAAAUAGAAUCACAUCGAUAUCUUCCAGCUCGUUGAUGUUUCGACGUUGCUUUUGGGUGUCAAUGUUAGUGCUUUGAGGAGCUCGUGCUUGUACUUUUCUUGUCAUUUCAGGUGCUUUUUGCAGGUGUGAUGACAAUAUGGAGGCAGGAUGGAUUGUGCAGAAUCCACCGUGUGAUGGACCUUUUAAUUCGCUAAUCUUGAAUUGGUCGAAUGGGACAGCCUAUAUCAAAAGCUGAAGGCUUAACAAUUUUGUUUCGGGAGACUCAUCUUGUUAUAGUGAUGCGAAGACGGAAUUUGUGACACGCUGCUCAUGAAAGGGUGGAGGACCUAGGCACCGUUGGGAAUCAUAUACAAUGUAU